AUGACCGAGGAAAGCUCAUCUCCGUGGCCCGACCCCCACUCGCAAAUGUCUUAUUCCGACAGUGAGAGCGAGCGUACAAUGGCAGCCUCGAGAGCAGCCUCCGAGAGGGGCGCAUCUUCCAUCCUGCCCAUGGAUGUCGACACCCAUCAAUCUCACGUUCCGCGCCGAACCAUCUCCUGCCGUCACUUCUACUUCCCCACGUCACAAGAACAGCACGAAGAAGAGUAUCACAAGAAGCCACAGGACACCGCCAAGGAAGUCGCGACCUACAUUGUCGAGAACGUCGCUCCCGAGAAGCGCACCGACGCCGUCAAGACAGUCGCCCGAGCCCUCGCUCUCCGCCGUCUCAAGGAGCAAGCCCAGCUGCAGGACCAGCGAGAGAAGGAGACGCAGGCCGAAGAAGAUGAUCAGAUGAUAAUCUCCAAAUCAGCCUUCAAACUUCACAUGGCACGAAUCACUGCAGCACAGCAGCUUUCCGCAAGCUGGAUGAAGGAUACGGAGGACUCGCUUGAUGCGGAAUCGAUUCAGGCCCGCAUCAUUGAUAUGGCCUUGGAGGAGAUGCAUGAUACGGCGGUGGAGCUUGAGAAGGGAAAACACCCGGCUUUGUAG